AUGUCUCGCCGCCGUCGAGAGCAGUUCGAAGGGGCCCCACAGUCUCAGCCUCCAGACCCUUCUCAACAGCAACAGCAGCAGCAACGUCAGCAGGUACUCCUCCACCAGCAGCACCAGCAGCACCAGCAGCACCAGCAGCACCAGCAACAUAUAGCACAGCAGCAGCAGCAACAUGUUACUCAACAGCUACACCAUAUCCAACUCCAACAGCAGCAGGAGCAGCCGUAUUAUAUUCCUCUAAGUGCCCCUCCUGUACAUCCUCCUCCGCCGCCGCCCGGACCCCCACUUCUAGCCCAAGGCCCCCCACCUAUUGUACCAUUGACAGCGCAAUCACCUGAGCCACUUCGUUUACUCUCAGUCUUGGACUCACUGAAGCCCUUGGGCUUCACCUCCAUAUCCGACUUUCUCGUACAUCUGUUCACAAGCGAAGACCCCGCAGUCCGCCGGCGCGUAAGCCUAUUCUACACCCAUGGCGGUAUCAAGUCACUCCUCGAAAUCUUCAUGGCAUCCAAGCGCGCACGCGAGAAUGGCGGAGAUGAAAUCGCUGUAGCGUGGGCUGGGGGUGUGUUCAAGGACGAAUUCGAUCUCGGACUCGUUAAGGGUGGUAUCAAUGUUGAUGUCCGCGCCAACUCCACCGAAUCCCGCGGGCGCACGACCGGGGAAAUCCUCAAAGAGGGCCUCGAGAACUUCGACUUGGUUAAGGUGCAACGACAAUGCGAGCGCAAGGCGCCAUUACUAUGGCGCCUUUUGGAAACCCUGUCUUCAUCCGACCGUGAGCGAGUCGAGGUGAAAGUUGCACCACCAUCGAGCGACGAGCAGCCACAGCCGCCAGCUUCAAAACGGCGGAAGAUGGAUCCUGGGCCCGGGGCCGUGGGUGUAUCAACCGCGAAUCCGCCUUUGACGGUAACGAUAAUGCUUCUAUUACUCGCAAGUUCACAGGUCAGAAACAAGUUUCAGAAAUGGCUUGGGCUCUACCUGUAUGCUCAGGGCGUUCGAAAAGGGCCAUUGAAUUCGCUGCGAACAUUGGGCGUAGGCAGCGAGGGGAAAGUCAUCGGUGAUAACGUGCUUCGUGUGAUCGGAGACGAUACAAAAAAGAAAUUACGUGCAGAGCUGGGUGGAUCAGAUCAAACACAGGUCAGGGGACCCGGCGCUCCAAGGAUCAACUCAAGAUCUACAAAACGCAAAUCCCUUCUCACUGCAGAAGCCAUUGUCUUGGAGCCAGCCCAAUCUAAUCCGGAUCCUUUGCAUGGGAAGAGACCUUUUAUAAUAUCUCAGGCUACCUACCAUCCCUCCCCUAAGGAUCAUCUCCGGGCUGAUAAUUUUGCGCCGUGUGCGACGAUUCCAUUCAUUAUAAGACUUCCCGUGGAGACUCCUGUCCUGACCAAAGGGAUGAUAAAAACCUCCUCCUUAUAUCGCAAAGAGAAACACUUUCCAACAGUCCUCACACCUGCUAUGCCGGUUGCGAAAGAUCCGCCUUCGUUCGGCAGUAAUAGCGCAGGUUCUAAUUCCGGGGUAGCGGCGUUCUAUAGCUACCCAUUUUCAAAUUCUGCAUACAGUACAACCCCUGGGUAUGAUGCACCGACACCGGCUCCAAACGGCGACUUUUACUAUGCACCAGCUACCCCUAGCGCUUCUUCGGGACCUACCUGGCCGGGCAACGCUAACCCUGGUGCUACGGGGUCUGCGAAUAAUGGAACAAGACUUUUGCUUACAGACGAGGAGGGAAAGAUAUAUUGGAAGCAUCAGGCAAGACGCAGUGUUUGGCGUGCAAUGAAGCGGAUGUGGCCGAAAGUUGGAGAAAUCAUAACGGAAGAUGAAGUGUGUGAACCAGUCACUAACCCUGCUGCUCCUCCAGAAAUCGAGCUAGAUAUCAAAAACGUAGUUUCGCAGGUAUCGGAGGAGGACCUAUUUCCAAUGCCGAGCAUGAAACGCGUGAAUCCCAAAAAGCCCGAAGAGCAAAUGGCUGUUCUGGAAUUGGUCUCAGAAUACCUUGGUUUCGAGACGAGACAUCUCAAAGGUCCCGGUGCCGGUGACCGCCUCUGGAUCUGGGCUGGAAAUCUUGAAACGAUACAAGGAUUAAAAUCCGCACGUCAUGCAGCACCCCCAGACUCGGUAUUACACAAUAUACACCCGGUGCUCCAACUUUUUGAUAUAAGACAAUCAUUCCUCCUUGAGCUGUUGAAGCAGCACUAUGGAAAACCGAAUGAUAAAGAUUUGACAAUUACGGGGCAAUAUGCGGAGGGGCUUCUGCUUCACUCGCUCGAGUCACAUCUGAUCGAUUCGAUUUUGAGCGUGACAAAGAUACGUGAAUCGGGACCAAAGACAAAACAGGAAGUUCUCGACAUAAUCACGAAGGUCUACGAGACCUACCUCGACCCCGAGACCGUAAAGGCCUACCAAGCCGUCACAGAAGCAAAUAAUCGAGACGAAGUCUUCGAAAACCACAUGUUACUGAUGCAACACUCAAUCGUCUACUUCUCUCUCCUGGAAUGCAUCGCUGCGGCAUCAACAGACAACCUCUUGCACAUCCUUGCCUGGAUCGCUACCGCAUUCCAGGGUCUCACUUCCGCUCGAUCCACAAAAAUGGCGCGAGAGCUAUUAGAUCUGGUCUCUGGACUGCAGGGCGAAUGGUCCAGUGAGAUCCGAGCGGCUGUUCUUGGGUCCAUGAUAAUCCCUAAACCUACCGGGGCACCGUAUCCUGUGCUUUCGUCACAUCCUGCAGCUGCAAAGGUACCCGGCGAGUUCCAUGAGGUCGAUUUUGCGAUGAAGCAGCUGCUGAGGCAGACAAAGACCGUCUUUGACCUGCGCGAUAAUCCGAAAUAUGACUUCUUCCGUGAGGUCGCGACGCCUAAUAUCAGGACUAUCUCGAAAGUUGUCCGCAACGCGGAGGAGGCUCUAGGGACGGCGCCAAGGACGGCAAAUCAGUGGAAGAGCCCUGCCGAGAAUGUGGAUCCUGACAAGGAGAUUCCCAAGCUAGUGAAGGAACUUCGAGAAGGACGGGUGGGAGAAUGGGUUGCAGGGAGGAAAGCAAGCUUCAAGGUGGAACAUCUUUUGGCGAAUGGAGAGGAAAGGAUCAGGGGCGCGGGAUUCUUGGAGGAAUUCUGCAGGAGGGGCGAUAGGGCUGUUGUGGAUGGCGAAGAUGCGGCGGAUGAGACGGAGCAGCUUGAGGGCGAAAAGGAGUGGAGGAGGAGAAAUUUGUUCUUUGCCCCCGAUUUCGGGUUUGAUUGGGGUUUGUAA